ACAGCCCCGCCCCGCACGGCCAGGCGAAGGAGAGCCGGUCGUGCCCUGUGGUGUGCGCGGGUGCGCGCGCGCGCGCGCGUGUGUGUGUUUGUGUGUGUGUGUGUGUGUGUGUGUGUGUGUGUGUGUGUGUGUGUGUGUAUGUGUUCGUGGGGCACCGUCUCAGCCCCGGGAAGAUGGUGGCGGCGGCGGCGGCGACUGAGGCGAGGCUGAGGAGGAGGACGGUGGCGACGCCAGCGCCCGGGAGCAGGAACAGCAGGCCGUGCCGGGACUGGGACGCGACCAGGGCUGGGAGGCCAGGGCUGGGGACCCGGCUGCGCCUCCCACGGCGGAGGCGGCGGCGGCUGCUGCUGUUGCUGCUGCUCCCGCCGCUGCUGCUGCUUCCCUGGGCGGCUGAGGCCGCGGCGGCAGCGACGGCGGUAUCGGGCUCAGCCGCAGCCGAGGCCAAGGAAUGCGACCGGCCCUGUGUCAACGGCGGCCGCUGCAAUCCUGGCACUGGCCAGUGUGUCUGCCCCGCCGGCUGGGUGGGCGAGCAAUGCCAGCACUGCGGGGGCCGCUUCAGACUAACUGGAUCUUCUGGGUUUAUAACAGAUGGACCUGGAAAUUAUAAAUAUAAAACAAAGUGCACAUGGCUCAUUGAAGGACAGCCAAAUAGAAUAAUGAGGCUUCGUUUCAAUCAUUUUGCUACAGAGUGUAGUUGGGACCAUUUAUAUGUUUAUGAUGGGGACUCAAUUUACGCACCCCUAGUUGCUGCCUUUAGCGGCCUCAUUGUUCCUGAGAGAGAUGGCAACGAGACUGUCCCAGAGGUCGUUGCCACAUCAGGUUAUGCCCUGCUGCAUUUUUUUAGUGAUGCUGCUUAUAAUUUGACUGGAUUUAAUAUCACUUACAAUUUUGACAUGUGUCCGAAUAAUUGCUCAGACCGAGGAGAAUGUAAGAUCAGUAAUAACAGCAACACUGUUCAAUGUGAAUGUUCUGAAAACUGGAAAGGUGAAGCAUGUGACAUCCCUCACUGUGUAAAUAACUGUGGUUUUCCUCAUCGAGGCAUCUGCAAUUCAAGUGAUGUCAGAGGAUGCUCCUGCUUCUCAGAGUGGCAGGGUCCUGGAUGUUUAGUUCCUGUACCAGCUAACCAGUCAUUUUGGACACGAGAGGAAUAUUCUAACCUAAAGCUCCCCAGAGCCUCUCACAAAGCUGUGGUCAAUGGAAAUAUAAUGUGGGUUGUUGGAGGAUAUAUGUUCAACCACUCAGAUUACAACAUGGUUCUAGCGUAUGACCUUGCUUCUAGGGAGUGGCUUGCGCUGAACCGUUCUGUGAACAAUGUGGUUGCUAGAUAUGGUCAUUCUUUAGCAUUAUACAAGGAUAAAAUUUACAUGUAUGGAGGAAAAAUUGAUUCAACAGGGAAUGUGACCAACGAGUUGAGAGUGUUUCAUAUUCAUAAUGAAUCAUGGGUAUUGUUGUCCCCUAAAGCAAAGGAGCAGUAUGCAGUGGUUGGGCACUCAGCACACAUUGUCACAUUGAAAACUGGCCGAGUGGUCAUGCUGAUUAUCUUUGGUCACUGCCCUCUCUAUGGAUAUAUUAGCAAUGUGCAGGAGUAUGACUUGGGUGAGAACACAUGGAGUAUAUUACAUACCCAGGGUGCCCUUGUCCAAGGGGGCUAUGGCCAUAGCAGUGUCUAUGACCACAGGACCAGGUCCCUGUAUAUUCAUGGAGGCUACAAGGCUUUCAGUGCCAAUAAAUACCGGCUUGCAGAUGAUCUCUACAGAUACAAUGUGGACACCCAGAUGUGGACUAUUCUUAAGGACAGCCGAUUUUUCCGUUACUUGCACACAGCUGUGAUAGUGAGUGGAACCAUGCUGGUGUUUGGAGGAAACACACACAAUGACACAUCCAUGAGCCAUGGAGCCAAAUGCUUCUCUUCAGAUUUCAUGGCUUACGACAUUGCUUGUGACCGAUGGUCAGUGCUUCCCAGACCUGAUCUCCACCAUGAUGUCAACAGAUUUGGCCAUUCAGCAGUCUUAUACAACAGCACCAUGUAUGUAUUUGGUGGUUUCAAUAGUCUCCUCCUCAGUGACAUCCUGGUAUUUACUUCAGAACAGUGUGAAGCACACCAGAGUGAAGCUGCUUGUCUAGCAGCAGGACCUGGCAUCCGGUGUGUGUGGGACGCAGGGUCAUCUCAGUGUGUCUCCUGGGAGUUGGCGACUGAAGCACAAGAAGAAAAGUUAAAAUCAGAGUGUUUUUCUAACAGAACACUUGACCAUGACAGAUGUGACCAGCACACGGAUUGUUACAGCUGCACGGCCAACACAAAUGACUGCCACUGGUGCCAUGACCAUUGUGUCCCUAUGAACCACAGCUGCACAGAAGGCCAGAUCUCCAUUUCCAGGUAUGAUCAUUGCCCCAAGGAUAACCCCAUGUACUACUGUAACAAGAAGACCAGCUGCAGGAGCUGUGCCCUGGACCAGAACUGCCAGUGGGAGCCCCGGAAUCAGGAGUGCAUCGCCCUGCCUGAAAAUAUCUGUGGCAUUGGCUGGCAUUUGGUUGGAAACUCAUGUUUGAAAAUUACUACUGCCAAAGAGAAUUAUGACAAUGCAAAAUUGUCCUGUAGGAACCACAAUGCCUUUUUGGCUUCUCUUACAACCCAGAAGAAGGUGGAAUUUGUCCUUAAGCAGCUGCGAAUCAUGCAGUCAUCACAGAGCAUGUCCAAGCUCACCUUAACCCCGUGGGUUGGCCUUCGGAAGAUCAACGUGUCCUACUGGUGCUGGGAAGAUAUGUCCCCAUUCACAAAUAGUUUGCUACAGUGGAUGCCAUCUGAGCCCAGUGAUGCUGGAUUCUGUGGAAUUUUGUCUGAACCCAGUACUUGGGGCUUAAAGGCUGCAACCUGCAUCAACCCACUCAAUGGUAGUGUCUGUGAAAGACCUGCGAACCACAGUGCCAAGCAGUGCCGGACACCGUGUGCCUUGCGGACAGCAUGUGGGGAGUGUACCAGCGGCAGCUCCGAGUGCAUGUGGUGCAGCAACAUGAAGCAGUGCGUGGACUCCAAUGCCUACGUGGCCUCCUUCCCUUUUGGCCAGUGUAUGGAGUGGUAUACCAUGAGCUGCCCCCCUGAAAAUUGUUCAGGCUACUGUACCUGUAGUCACUGCUUGGAGCAACCAGGCUGUGGCUGGUGUACUGAUCCCAGCAAUACUGGCAAAGGGAAAUGCACAGAGGGCUCCUAUAAAGGACCAGUGAAAAUGCCUUCUCAGCCCCCUACAGGAAAUUCCUAUCCACAACCCCUUCUCAAUUCCAGCAUGUGUCUGGAGGACAGCAGAUACAACUGGUCUUUCAUUCAUUGUCCAGCUUGCCAGUGCAAUGGCCACAGCAGAUGCAUUAAUCAGAGUAUCUGUGAGAAGUGUGAGAACCUGACCACGGGCAAGCAUUGUGAGACCUGCAUAUCUGGCUUCUAUGGUGAUCCGACCAAUGGGGGAAAAUGUCAACCAUGCAAGUGCAAUGGGCACGCGUCGCUGUGCAAUACCAACACGGGCAAGUGCUUCUGCACCACCAAGGGUGUCAAGGGGGACGAGUGCCAGCUAUGUGAAGUAGAAAAUCGAUACCAAGGAAACCCUCUCAAAGGAACAUGUUAUUAUACUCUUCUUAUUGACUAUCAGUUCACCUUUAGCCUAUCCCAGGAAGAUGACCGCUAUUACACAGCCAUCAAUUUUGUGGCUACACCUGAUGAACAAAAUAGGGAUUUGGACAUGUUCAUCAAUGCCUCCAAAAACUUCAACCUCAACAUCACCUGGGCUGCCAGCUUCUCAGCUGGAACCCAGGCUGGAGAAGAGAUGCCUGUUGUUUCAAAAACAAACAUUAAGGAGUACAAAGAUAGUUUCUCUAAUGAGAAGUUUGAUUUUCGCAACCACCCAAAUAUCACUUUCUUUGUUUAUGUCAGUAAUUUCACCUGGCCCAUCAAAAUUCAGAUUGCCUUCUCCCAGCACAGCAAUUUUAUGGACCUGGUACAGUUCUUCGUGACCUUCUUCAGUUGUUUCCUCUCUUUGCUCCUGGUGGCUGCUGUGGUUUGGAAGAUCAAACAAAGUUGUUGGGCUUCCAGACGUAGAGAGCAACUUCUUCGAGAGAUGCAGCAGAUGGCCAGUCGUCCCUUUGCCUCUGUAAAUGUUGCCUUGGAAACAGAUGAAGAGCCUCCUGAUCUUAUUGGGGGGAGUAUAAAGACUGUUCCCAAGCCCAUUGCCCUGGAGCCGUGUUUUGGCAACAAAGCUGCUGUCCUCUCUGUGUUUGUGAGGCUCCCUCGAGGCCUCGGUGGAAUCCCUCCUCCUGGGCAAUCGGGUGAGUCUCGCAGUGGCCAGCGCCCUGGUGGACAUUUCUCAGCAGAUGCCAAUAGUAUACAAAGAGAAGUCAGGAGCAGUGAGAAACCGGAAACAGCAGCCCCCUGCACAGCCUGGGACCUGCAUUUGAUGCUGGGGCCAGGACUCCCUGUGAGCAAGGAGUGGCGUGCCAGAGCCGUCUGCAGAGAGGGAGCAGGCAAGGAGACACUGUGCAGGGCAGAAGACUGGAAACUCUCGAAACAUCCACCUCAUCUGCAUGUUCACAAGCUUUCUUUGACGGUUUCUCCCAUCUGUGCUCCAGCAUCUAACCUUUUACUUUCAUAUAGGAAAUAAUUGAUUUAGUUACAGGUCCAGGGGUGAUCCAGUUGUUGCUGGAGGAGGCCGGUGUAGAGCGAGUGAGAGAGCUAGGAAUGACACUCAGGUUCACGUGUGGAAAACUGUUCUUGGGACUGUUUCAACAGUGCAAAAAACAAAGAUGUAGUGUUUACAAGUAGACAUUUGUCAUCAGUCAUUCUUGAACAUGGUCUUUUAAAAACUAGUCAGAUGAAUUAACUUGUUUUCAUCUGAAGCCUGCUAUCUUUUUUAAAAGAUGUGCUAUUUAUUCUUGCACGAUUUAGGCAAAUAUCUCUCUUUCAGGGAGUAACUUUUUUUCUAGUUGAGAAUUAAUAAUGGUCCAUCUCUUUUGAAUCAUAAGAUAGAAGAGGCUGUUUUAAAUGUCAAGGUCAGCAGUGUUACUUGGAAUGUCAACUGAUAUAAUGGGUAGUUUUCUGUAGCAACUUGAUUAAUUUAGUCUGAAUCCAUUUGAAGUUCUCUCUCUCCUCUCUUUCUCUUUCCCUCCCUCUCUCUCCUUCUCUUCCUCUUUACCUCUCUGUCUCUCUGUUUCUGUCUUUGUCUCUCUCUCUCUCUUUCUCACACACACACACUCAUACACUCACACACACACACACUAAGUGCCUAGACUUUAAAUAGAUCUAGCAAUUGGAAAGUUAGUAAGCAUAAGUUUUUACAUAAUUGCAUUCCUACAUUCUUAUAAAACUUAAAUAGCUAUCAUUGGCAAUCUGCUCUUUUUCUAAAACCUAAUUUGCCGCCAGGAAACAAUUUUCUCACCCCGAGAAACAUUUAACGUAGCAGCAGGGAUUGAGAGGAAAACAGAAAUGACCUAACUGUCAAAGCUCCUGUUUUUGUUAUCAAAAAGGACACUAAAUAAGGCAUGUUCCCACGUGCCUCCUUGCCCCAGGUCACUCUAGGCCUGAUGUUUGCUUCAGCCUUCUGGGUGCUCCUGCCAAGGCACCACAGAGGGAGGGGCUCACUCAUGUUACAUGUCUCCCUUAAGCCGAAAAGAGCAUGACAGCACUUGGGACCCCUUAAUCAAAGGGCAACUCUUUGUUCCUGUAGUCUGCUUGAGCUGGUGGGUCAUUCUUCAUUCUCAGGCUCAGGUGGAGUGCCAGGAGAGGGUCGGUCUCCUGUUGUCGGGCAGAACCUGUCCAAAGCCUGGAGGAGGACCUGAAGCUGUUUGCCCUCUUUCCCCCCCUCCCCAGGAGGAGCUCAGGCCUCCCAUGCUCCCUCCCAGACCCAACGGGUAGCUAUGGAGAGGGCAGUGAACGCUGAUAAGGAUGAAAAGCACAUGGGAAAAAUGGACAAGGGGAGAAAGUUAUGCCAAAUGAAAAGUGACCAAAUUGAAGUAGUGACCAAAUUGAAGUGGAGUAGGCCAGUCCCUGCUCUUCUCCCCAGGGCACUGCCUGGAUGGUGUGUUGUCCCCGUCCAUGGUGCUCUGUAUUCUGGCAUUAUGCAGCAGCCUCCCAAGAUCUCUCUUCUGCUUCAAAACCCAGUGUUCUAUGGCAUUACCCUGAGGGCGUAGACCUUUAGACAACAAUGCUCAAGUUUGUGAAUUUGGAGAAAUUAAUACUCAAAAGAGCAAAAACUGCGGCAUUUCACCUUUAUAUGCAGUGCCUAGAGAGGGAGUAUGACCUCUUCCCCAACACUAACCCCACUCCCAUGAAGAAUUGCCUGGAAAGAUGUUUUCAAGGAUGUUGAACCAUAAAACACUGAUGCACAAAACACCUCUACUUUGAGACUUGCCUCUCAAAAUGCUGCUUUUUCACAUUAUUGUUAAAGAGCAGAUGGUUCUGGAAAAGACCCCUCCUCUUACGAGCUCCCCACGUCCCUGCCCCAGAUCACAGUACCCGCAGAGAGCCUGCCGGGGACUGGCCCUUCACCCCUGUGAUUACCAGAAGGCCACUGGAGAGGACCCUCCCACAAGGGAAGUCCUUGUUUGUUCAAAGGACUGGUGUUUCCUUGGCAAAGAAGCCGCCUCCCCAUGGUAGUCCCAUGCCUUGAAAUAAUAAGCACCGUGCCCCAUAGCCACCUGGUUAUUUUCUUUUUUCUAAAAGAUAAUGUUUAUUUUUUAAAAGGAAGGAAGGAGCAAGUGAAGUUUAAUUCUGCUCCAACAGUGGAGAAACAACUGAAUCCACCUGCUUCUCCUUUGCAGCCAGUAGCAAACAGCUUCUUCCAGGCUUGGGCCAGAGGAAGGGGGUGGCAGGAGAAGGAGGCACUCAGCUUAGACUCAGUUAUCAAGAGGAAGUCAUCUGGAACUUCAGAGCCUGUAUAUAAAUUAAAAUAGUUAUGAAAACAUCGAUAUUGCACUUGUACAUAACUAUACAGUAGUGUCUGAAUGUUCAGACAUUUGGAGUGUACAUAAAACAGAAAAAUAUCUUAAUGUAUUUUUAUUAAACAUAAUUAUGUCUGAGUUUGACCUAAUAUGUUUUUGUGCCAUAUAUUGGAUAUCCAGGUUCAGAGAAGUCCUCUCGUUAUGCCCUGAUACAAUGAUAACAAAGGCAUCCCCAUUGCGCCCACGUGUUCAAAUGCGUCUGGGACUGAUUGGAUAGCUUCUAAAGUAGGAAUUGUCUGUCAGUGCACAUAUGAAAAUGCAGGCAGUGUGUGAAGAGACUCGAAGGCAGCAGGAAUGUCUCUGUCCCUGUCAUUGGCUCUGCGAGUGCGUUGUAACUCUCCUGUCAGCUUCUCGGAGCUGUGGGUGCCCAGGGAAGACCAAUCUUGUCCUGAGAAACGCUCCUCUUAGUCUUUAGACUCCAAGACUGUACCUGUAGAUCUAGUCAGAUUUUCCAAAAAGGGCUUUUCCAGGCUGCAUUUUGUUGUGGUUUUGUCUAAAUUUUUAAUGACCAUUUCCCAGGACCAUAGUUUACUAUACUGAAAACUGGGAGUGGGAGUGGGCGUGGCUGCUUUGUUGAUAAAUAGCUCCUCAUGGAGAACCUCACCCUGGCCUCCUGUCCACCUCCUGCCCCCUUCCCACACUGUUUGGGGAGAGGUCUGUGCUUCCCUGUGAGGAUCACCUCUAAGUGUGGUAGGAGGUGUGCAGAGAAGGCAACCACAUACUCCCUGAGCUAACCUGGAAGAAAAGCAGCCCUGGACAGAGACUGUCAGCAAAAGGCCUGAGGUGCACGAUUGGAGAUGCACCGGGAAAUCUGGGGCAAAUGGGAAGACCAGGGCACUAUCUGUAGAAAAAUACAUUUUAUCUUUCAGUGCAAAUCUUGCUCCUUCAAUUUAAUAGAGUAUAUUUAGAGAUGGGAUGGGAGUGAUUCACUUUCUUGGGUGGUGGUAUCCUUUUCAUUAACACCUUUGAUCCUUACAUUUCGUUCAUUCAUCCAUUCAUUCAACAAAUAUUCACUAAGUACUUACUAACAACCUAAGCUAACACUAGAGCAGUGACUGAGAUGGAAAAGCUGCUCUUCAGAAUUACAACAGAAUCCAGCUCCUCAAACCUGUCAACCCAGGAGACCUUUCCUUGUGGUUUCUGUGAGAAUUGGCCACCUGAGGAUAGACCCAGGAAGGCAGAGGGUCUGGCCUCAGGCCAUGCACCGGCUCUCAACCUGAAAUGUUUACCCAAUUUACCAAAUGGCUCAAACCAUAAAAAUCACUGUGAUGGUUUGUAGAUAGCCAAGCCCACCAAGAGACAUUUCCCCUGAGUUGUCCAAAUUCAUAAACACCCUCGCCUGCAGGGAGACGAUUUGGGAGUGCAGAGGAAAACUGGCACCUUCUCUUUUAAAGGCAAUAAUGGAAUCGACUUUCAAUAACUGAAUUUGUGCACAAAACAUUCUAAACACUAGUGAAGCCUGUUUUGUUGAACUAAUUUUGGCUCUGGAAAUGUUUUAUAGUUAUUUACGGUUUUGUUUUGGGGUUUUUUGGUUUGGAUUCAAGUUUAGUUUGUUAAUAUGUAUAAUUUAGCAUCUGUUGCACUCAUGUAAAUAUGGAGUAAGUACUGUAAACUAUUUCAUUGCUGGGGAUUGUGGAUGUUAUACAUACAUUAAGGACUGCAAUUUUUUGGUAUUUUUUGUAUUGUAAAAUAACAGCUAAUUUAAGCCGGAACAAGAGAAUUAAGGGAGGUCUGUGCAUUUUAAACACAAAUGUGAAGAACUUGUAUAUAAACAAAAGUAAAUACUAUAAUACAAACUUCCUUCUGAAAUAAAAGUAGAUCUGAUAAAAAUG